CUGAGAUUACUUUUUUAAAUGUUGGUUAGACACAAUAUCUCUGUUGAAAAUGAGUCCGAUCACAGAGUUUUAUAGUGAAAAAACGAUUUUUAUAACCGGCGCAACUGGUUAUAUGGGAAAAGUGCUAUUAGAAAAAUUAGUACGUAGCUUGCCGGAAAUAAAAAAAAUUUACAUUCUAUUACGUCCUAAAAAAGGUUGUUCACCUCAAGAAAGACUCAAGAAAUUAACUGAUGACGUGAUUUUUACGUUUCAUGAUAUGAACGCAAAAGCUUACGAUAAAAUCGAGGUUAUAUCCGGUGACGUUUCAAAAGAAAAUUUUGAAUUGUCGGAAGUUGAUAAGAAAAAAUUAAUUGAAGAGGUCUCGAUUGUAUUCCACCUUGCCGCAUGUGUUAGAAUGGAUCUUCCUUUAAAAGAAGCAGUUAUAACAAAUACUAAAUCAACAUAUCAAUUAUUUAAAUUUUGUAUGAAUAUGAAAGCUUUAAAGUCUGUUGUGCAUUUAUCGACUGCUUUUUGUAAUGUUGAAAUUAUUAAUGGGGAGGAGAAAAUUUACUCCAUGGAUCUUGAUCCUUAUAAAAUAAUUGAUUUGGUCGAAUGGAUGGAUGACAAAUCUUUAAAUAAUAUUACGAAAAGAUUAUUAGGUCCCCAUCCGAACACUUAUACAUUUACCAAAAGAUUGUCUGAGAUGAUUGCCAUGGAUAUGAAUGAUAAAAUUCCUUUAAUAAUAUCAAGACCUUCCAUUGUUUUCCCUGCAAUAAAAGAGCCAAUUCCCGGCUGGGUGGAUAAUUUAAAUGGACCCAUAGGAUUAUUUUAUGCUGGAGGUAAAGGAAUUGUAAGAAGCGGAAUUAUUGAUGAGAAUCUUGUCCCGCAAAUAAUACCAGUUGAUGUUGCUAUAAAUUCUUUAAUUGUUAGUGGAUAUGAACGUGCAACGAACAUGUAUUGUGAUCGUGUGAUUAAUGUAUCUUGUGGUGAUGUUCUUCGUCCUACUUGGCGAGAUAUGUUCGUUACGUUUCAAUAUUUGGCUAUAAAGUAUCCAUAUAAACUUAUUUUAUGGUAUCCUAAGCCACACUUGACAACGUCUUAUUAUUUGUAUAUCAUCAAUGUAAUUCUUUUUCAAAUACUUCCGGCUAUAAUAAUUGAUUUUUUAUUAAUCAUCUUUUUGCAAAAACCUUUCUUAAUUAAUAUACAAAAGCGUUUAUUGUUGACUUGGAAAGUUCUCCAACCCUUCACUACAAAGAAAUGGAUCUUUAGUAAUACUAAUUUCUUAAAAUUGCAUGAAAAACUUAACACAUAUGAUAGUAACGUAUUCUACAUAAUUGAAAAUUUUGAAGAAAAAAAAUUUAGAAAGUAUUGUAAAGAUUGUUUCAAAACGGCAAAUAAGUAUUUGUUGAAAGAAACUUUAGAAAACUUGUCUCUUUACAGGAUCCGUAAUAAAAUAUUAUUUGUAUUGGAUUUAUUAAUCAAAGUUUUUUUUAUUUAUUUUGUACUGAAAUGGAUUUUUGUAAAACAUUUUUAAUUCCUUUUAACUUUAUAAAUAUGUUAUGCUACAAAAAACCUAAAUUUCUUUCGGCACAAUAUUCAGUGGUAGCACACAAGUGUUUGUCAAAAUGGGGAAGUGGCAAAAUAGAAUUAUUAAUAACGUUUAAAGAGAUGAUGGGCAGUUCGUUAAUGGUCAUAAGUAACUAAUGUGGCAUAGGAAUUCCAGGUGAAGGUAAACCAGGGAAGGUAGAAGAAGAAGAUGUAGGAGGGUAUCGGUGUUGAGGGGAAGAUAAAGGGAACUAGUUCUUAGCCAUUGACAGGCCUACUGAAAUUGGUUACGGGGGCCUCCGGAGCGCCACCCAAGCAGCUAACCUAGACACCUCAACGUUGGCAAGCGUGAAUGGGUCCAUUUUUCGGCGCCAGGGAUAUUAACAGGGUCGGCUCGCUUUGAUCGUGCGAUUCGCACCCGUUCCCAUCGAAAGCGGCGACCCUCUUAGAUCUACCUUCGAUCUACCUUUAUUCUUUAGGCCGUGUUUACAUUUCUAGUCGGUUUAGUGUGAAUUAUUAUAACAAUAAUUAUAAAUAAAAAAAGUUCUAAAUAA